AUGACCCUUCAGUCUUUGCUUCUGACCUGCCUUUUCCUGCUAAUCUCCGAUUCCUGUGAGUUCUUCACUGAAACAAAUUAUUCUAGAAGAAGUUUUCCUUGUGAUGAGAGAAUACAAGGUGCCGCUGUUAUUGCCGAGUGCAACAAUCGUCGACUGCAAGAAGUUCCCCAAACUGUGGGCCAAGAUGUCACGGAACUAGACCUGUCUGAUAAUUUAAUAACACACGUAACGAAUGAAUCAUUUCAAAGGCUGCAAAAUCUUACUGAGAUCAAUCUAAACCGCAAUGCGAUGGUACAGCCCUACUCUGAAAAUUAUUCUAGAAAUAAAAAAGGCAUGAAUAUUACAGACGGGGCAUUCCUCAACUUGCAAAACCUAGUGGUGUUACUACUUGAAAACAACCAGUUAAACAAAAUACCCUCUGAUUUGCCGGGGUCUUUGAGAUAUCUUAGUCUAAUUCAAAACAACAUAAUUUCUGUAACUAAAAACAACACUUCUGGACUUAAGAAUUUGGAAAGGCUCAACUUGGGCUGGAACUGCUAUUUUGGCAAUGUUUGUAAUAAAACUUUUAUUGACAAGAGAGCAUUCAAAGAGAUUACAAAUUUGAAGGAGCUAACACUAUCCUUUAAUAACCUUUUCAGCGUGCCACUCAACCUGCCAAGCUCCUUAACAAAACUGUAUCUUAGCAACACCAAAAUCAACACCAUUCGUAAAGACGACUUCAAGAACCUGGGAAAUUUAACAGUACUAGAUUUAAGUGGGAACUGUCCAAGGUGUUUCAAUGCACCGUUUCCCUGUACACCUUGUGCAGGAGAUGCUCCCAUUUCUAUAGAUGGUAAUGCUUUUGAUAGCUUGACCAAACUUGAAUACCUCAACUUGUCUAGCACUUCUCUCCGGAAGAUUAAUUCAAGCUGGUUUGACAAGAUGCCUUAUCUGAAGGAGCUGCAUCUUGAAUUCAACUACUUGGUACAAGAAAUAGCCUCUGGGGAAUUUUUAACAAAACUGCCCCACUUAGAAAUACUUGACUUAUCUUAUAACUAUGUAAAGACACAAUAUCCCAUAUACGUUAAUCUUUCCCGAAACUUCUCUAAGCUUAGAUCUCUCCGGACUUUGCACUUAAGAGGUUAUGUGUUCCAAAACCUUAGAUAUAAAGAUUUCCAGCCCCUGAUGAAUCUCUCACAUUUAAACACUAUCAACUUGGGAGUUAAUUUUAUUAAUCAAAUUGAUUUUACCAUUUUCCAACAUUUCCGCAACCUGUCAGUCAUUUACUUGUCAGUAAACAGAAUAUCACCCUUGGUAAAUGGUAACAGGCAAAGUGGUGCAAAUUUCUCCACUGGCCAAGGCCAUGUCAUUAAACCACGCUCAGCAGAUAGUGAGUUUGACCCACAUUCGAAUUUUUAUCACAGCACCAAUCCUUUAAUAAAGCCAGAAUGUGCAAAUUAUGGCACUGCCAUAGAUUUAAGCUUGAACAAUAUUUUCUUUAUUGGGCAAAAGCAAUUUGAAGCUUUUCCUAACAUUUCCUGCUUAAAUCUGACUUCCAAUGGCAAUGCUCAAGCAUUAAAUGGAAGUGAAUUUUCAGCACUGCCUCGUAUCAAAUAUUUGGAUUUUACAAACAAUAAACUGGACUUUGAUUGUGAUAGUGCUUUCAAUGAAUUGCCUGAGUUAGAAGUUCUAGAUCUCAGCCACAAUGAGCACUAUUUCCAAAUAGCAGGGGUAACACACCGUCUAGGAUUUAUUAAAAAUUUAACAAAGCUGAACACUUUAAAUCUGAGCCACAACAAUAUUUAUACAUUAACAGAGUACAAUCUGAGUAGCAUGUCCCUGACAAAUUUAGUUUUCAGUGGAAAUCGCCUUGACAUUUUGUGGAAGGCUGCAGAUAAGAGGUACAUGUACAUUUUUAGAAAUCUCAAGAUACUGAAACGGCUUGAUUUGUCCUUUAACAACCUUGAGCAUAUCCCAGACGAAGCGUUCAUUAACUUGCCCAGGACACUCACCUGCCUGUAUAUAAAUGAUAAUAAGUUACAUUUCUUUAACUGGACGUUACUCCAGCACUUUCCUGUUCUCACGAUGCUGGACUUAAGUAGAAACCAGCUACAUUAUCUAACUUACAGCCUGUCUAAAUUCACACAAUCUCUUGAGACGCUACUAUUGAGUGACAACAGGAUUUUGCACCUGCCCUCCGGCUUUGUUUCCGAAAACAGCAGUCUGGUAAACCUUGAUUUAAGUUCCAACCAGCUAAAAAUGAUCAACAGAUCCACAUUUCAAACGAACAACGCCACCAAGCUAGCCCUGUUGAAACUCCAUGGAAACCCUUUUGACUGUACCUGUGACAUGGGAGACUUUCUAAGUUGGAUGGAUGAAAAUUCACAUGUCAUAAUUCCUAGGCUGAUAGAUGUCAUGUGUGCCAGUCCCGGGGAUCAAAAAGGGAAGAGUAUUGUGAGUCUAGAGCUAACCACGUGUGUUUCAGACACCAUUGCGGCCAUAUUGUGUUUCUUCACAUCCUUCAUCACCAUCACGGUUAUGUUGGCUGCCCUGGCUCACCACUGGUUUUACUGGGAUGUUUGGUAUAUUUAUCACGUGUGUUUAGCUAAGGUAAAAGGCUACCGGUCUCUUUCUACAUCGCAAACUUUCUAUGAUGCUUAUGUUUCUUAUGACACCAAAGAUGCCUCUGUAACGGACUGGGUGAUCAACGAGCUGCGCUUCCACCUGGAGGAGAGUGAAGAGAAAAAUGUGCUCCUCUGUUUAGAAGAGAGGGAUUGGGACCCAGGGUUGGCCAUCAUUGAUAACCUCAUGCAGAGCAUCAACCAGAGCAAGAAAACAAUAUUUGUUUUAACCAGGAAAUAUGCAAGAAGCUGGAGCUUUAAAACAGCAUUCUACUUGGCCUUGCAGAGGCUGAUGGAUGAGAACAUGGAUGUGAUUGUGUUCAUUCUGCUGGAGCCAGUGUUGCAGCAUUCUCAGUAUUUGAGGCUACGGCAGAGAAUCUGCAAGAGUUCCAUCCUCCAGUGGCCCGACAACCCCAAGGCAGAAGGCUUGUUUUGGCAAACUCUGAAAAACGUGGUCUUAACAGAAAACGAUUCACGGUAUAACAAUUUGUAUGUUGAUUCUAUUAAGCAAUACUAACUGAUGUUAAAUCGUGGUUUACCAACAUAAUA